AUGGGACCUCGAGCGGGAAUGCAACAAGGGAAACUGCAAAAUAUUAUCUGGACUGUUCGACACGGCCAAAGGAUAGACAAUAUCGAUCCAAAUUGGCGCAAAACCGCUCCUAGAGGUGCAUGGGAUGACCCAACUCUAAGUGAACGUGGUCUCCAGCAGGCCAAAGAAUGCGGAAACUACCUAGCAUCGCAACGAAUUGAUGCUCUUCUAUGUUCACCAUUUACUCGUUGUGUGCAAACUGCAACUACAAUAUCUUCUCUGCAUCAAAAAAAGCUACCGAUUUUAAUUGAACCUGGAAUAUGUGAAACAUUGCAUGUAUGUCAAGACCCACCCGGACAUCUACCAUUAAAGGAGCUGAAAAAACAGUAUCCUCUUGUAGACCUUUCUCAUGAGCCAAUUGUCACAGAACUGGGGAAAGAAAAAAAUGAAAUCGAUUGCAAAGAUCGUCUUUCAAAAGUUCUGGAAGAAUGUCAACGGCGCUACUCAGGGAAUAUAGUAUUAGUAAGUCACGGCGCCCCAAUAGCUAUGAUUCAUGAAAUUCUAACUGGAGAAUGGCAUUACGUGGGCCAAUGCACAAUCAGCAAAUUCAUUCCGGACUCAGAAGGAAAAUACAACGCAGUAAUGAGUGGUAGCUCCGAACAUCUUUCUGAUAAAACCGAUCUUCGUGAUAGAGAAAUACAAAGACCGCACUUGUGA